UCAGUUCUCUUUCCUUGCUGGGUACAAAAGGAAGACAGUCUAGACUCUAGAAACUCUUUAGAAGAGAGAAAUUCUUCUCAUUGAUGUCCUCAUUUUUUCCUGUCCAAAUUCUUGCACUCAGAAACAAGAGGAGACAGCAACCACCACCAAGAUCUGUUCUCAAUGGAGGUAUGUCAGGAAGCAACUUUAGAAGCUGCCAUAAAAAAUUUUUGAAGGCUUCGGCAAGCUUCUUAAAUUUAAAUCAUCUCGUGAUAUGGAUGCAAUCUACAACGCUAAAAACCGGGAGACGUAUUUUGAGGAGAUGAACAGGUAUAACCAGACAAGACUUGCUCACUCGGUAAAGUUUCGAACAUCCUGUAGAUUGCUUAGGGGUCAUUCUGGUACAGAAGAUGCUUUUAACAAAAAAGGUGACGAUGUAAGACCUUCCUCUCCGGUGAAACUGCAGUUGGAAAUUAAUGUGCUGGAUAUUAUCAAGUUAACUGACGUCGCAAUCUAUCCCAAGGUAGGAGCUCAAGCUAUGGGUUCCCUCGAAGCGCAUGUGAAUGGGUUCCGGUAUGAAACCUCCAGUGCCCAGCCCCAUAUAGAUGUUGCAUAUGAGAACAUAAAGUGCGCUUUCUUCCGAGCUGGAGAUGAUAAGAUACCGCCUCUCUUGCACUUACACUUGCACAACCAGAUUAUAUUGGGGACAGAAGAGACUAAUAAUAUCAAUUUCCGUUCGGAGGCAACCCUUGUUGGACAGAUUGAUGAAGGUAAUAAAGAUCUCCAGGACUUUGUUGACAAAGUUACAAAUAUGUGGGACUCCAAGCCUAUACUUACCAAUUUGUUUGAAUCGUCAGAGUACGAAUUUCAUGGAUUUUUUCCCACAAAGGUGCGGGCUGUCUUUGCGCUGACUUCACGUUUCCUAGUAGAGCUUGUAGAAACAAAUCCCAUUGUGGUUAAACUAGACGAGAUCGAGAUUGUUAAUCUGGCGCAGCUUCGACCCAAUGAAAUUGAUAUGACAGUGGUAUUCGGAGACUUCAGUCGUGAUGUGCUUGAAAUCAACUCAAUUCCAUUAGAAUCACUAGCUGAAAUUAAGCAUUGUCUGAACUAUGCAAACGUCAAGUACUAUCAGAACGAGCGAGAUCUAAAUUGGAAUGAAGAAGUGAAGAAAUUCAGAGAUUCCCCACAGAAGUUCAUCAUGGAAGGUGGGUGGGAGUCCUUGAACCUCGAGGCUGGUGAUGCUUCAGACUGUUUCUACUGGGAAGAAUAUGGUGGAUUAGAUGAAGAGGAUUGGUGAUGCUUGUGACUGUUUCUGUACUAGGAAGAAUUUGGUGAUUGAGAUGAAGAGGAUUUCUAAAUUUAAUGAAGAGGAUUUGCAUUUGGCAGUGUCUCCUAUUUAUUUAUGGUGCAGGUUCUAACUGGAAUGUUAUAUGUAUGCCUAAUUAUCAUAAGCAGGUUUAGAGGUACUAAAUGCAGACAUGAGACAUGUCUUUGCAUAUAAUUCUGAUUUUGUUGCUCUUGUCAAUUUUUGAUGCUUCUGGUUAAAAGAUUUUGUAGAAAGUCCCUUUGGUUGCAAAUAAAAAUGGAUUUCACCUGUGAU